UAUUUGCCGUACACAGCGAUAUGAUGUAAAGUUUAAAUCGUAAUGGUCCUUGAUCAUACCAAAAUGAAAUGCUUUUUAACCAUCAUUUAAUUCGUGCUACUCUCAUCGAGCGAAUUUUCGUGUGGUAGGGUGAUGAGCAAGGCCGUCUGAGAUUAAGAUAUUUUUUUCGACUGUUCGACAGUUUGGUACACCGUCAAACACGAGUAGCUUACUAAUCAUUCUGUAAGUGCUUAUUUUUAGAUUCGACGACCAUCAUUUAGUGUUUGCGAGUGUCAUAAUUGUUGAAUGUUUUUCCUCCAAGAUAAGUGUAACAUGAUCUUGGGCGCCCAUGUCAUUACAAUGGUAACAGUGAUAGUUGUCUGUGAGGGCCAGGUUCAAGACUGGCUGAAGGAGUUGAGAAACUUUUUUCGCGCCACUGAUGGGGUGAUUCGAGAUACCGAGGUGUUUCAGAAAGAGUAUGAUUUUAUCGUGAUUGGUGCAGGAUCCGGAGGAUGCGUAGUUGCAAACCGACUGUCCGAAAAUCCAAAAUGGUCAGUGCUUCUUCUGGAAGCCGGCGAGGAAGAAAAUUUCUUCUCCGACGUUCCACUGAUAGCAGCUCUGCAAUCUGUAACAGCCUAUAAUUGGAACUACCAUGCUCAGAGGAUAAAAACUGCUUGUUUGGGGCUAAACUACGGCAGGUGCAGCAUAACCAGAGGAAAAGCGCUUGGUGGAACAUCGGUUUUGAACUUUAUGAUAUACACUCGAGGGAAUAGGAAGGACUAUGACUCCUGGGCAGCAAUGGGCAACGAAGGCUGGAGCUACGACGAGGUACUGCCAUAUUUCAUCAAAUCAGAAAAUUGCACGCGCUGCCGCCAAAUAGACAAGGAGUACCAUGGCAAUAAUAGCUACCUCAACAUUGAGCAUCCUGGAUACGAAAGUCCUUUUGUCAAGCUUUUCAUUGAGGCAGGAAAUGAUUUGGGGUACAGGAACAGUGAUCCGAAUGGAAAGAACGGCUUAGGUUUCUCCAAAGUUCAGGCCACGAUGAAAAAUGGCAGAAGAUGUAGCGCAGCAAAGGCUUUCUUGGUCCCCGUCCACGAUAGACCUAACCUACACAUUUCAAAGAACAGCAGGGCUACACGGAUUCUAAUAGACCCUUCUUCCAAACAAGCUUACGGUGUCGAAUUUUGGAAGAACAAACGAAGGUAUAAAAUAAUAGCAAAGAAAGAAGUAAUACUUAGCACCGGUGCCAUCAAUAGUCCUCAACUCCUGAUGUUGUCAGGUGUUGGCCCUAGAAAAGACUUGGAAAGAGUGAAGAUACCUGUGAUACAAGAUCUCAAAGUAGGUUAUAAUUUUCAAGAUCACGUCGCUAUGUCAACGUUGGCCUUUUUGGUGAACCGAAGCAUUACAGUUUCUGACCUGACUGUUCAGAAUCCUGUAGACAUUUACAACUACAUGGUACGAGGUACCGGUCCUUAUACGCUGCCAGGAGGUGCUGAAGCUCUAGCUUUCGUCAAAACAAGACUGUCUUCAAAUACCACGGAUGACUAUCCUGACAUGGAACUAGUCCUAGGCGCUGGAGCUCUGAAUGGCGACGUAUUCGGAAGCUUCAGAAAGCUACUGGAGAUCCCUGAUACGUUCUUCAAUGCAGUUUAUGGGCCAAUUGUGGGCAAGCCAGCAUUUGGAAUAGCACUGGUGUUAAUGCGACCUAAGAGUCGUGGAAGGAUCACACUGAAGGAUUCAAAUCCUUUCCAUUGGCCCUUGAUCUACCCUAACUACUAUGAGAGAGAAGAAGAUGUCGCUACUAUGGUGGAAGGGAUCAAGAUGGCCAUAUCGAUAGCACACUCCAAACAUUUCCGCCAGUACGGAGCGCAUCUCAACCCCCACCAGUUUCCACAAUGCACUAAUCUACCAUUCGGCAGCGACGCCUACUGGACCUGCGCCAUCCGACAUGUGUCAACGUCACUUGGCCAUCACGUGGGUACCUGUAAAAUGGGGCCUAAGGGAGAUCCAGAAGCUGUAGUUGAUCCGCGAUUGAAGGUGCAUGGGAUAGAGGGGCUCAGAGUUGUGGAUGGGUCGAUCAUGCCGAACAUUGUAGCAGGCCACACGAAUGCUCCUAUUUUUAUGAUUGGGGAGAGAGCGUCGGAUUUCAUCAAGGAAGAUUGGGAAUAUCAUGGGGAAGGUUAUGAGGGAUGAGGUUUGAGAUCGUCACACCAUCUACUCAAGCUAACAGUUUAUAGUUACUCAUGUUUUUGUCUUUUUUGUUUAUCUUGGGGCGUAAAAGGUGUGAAAAUAAUACCUACCUCCGCUGUUGUAUUUUACUUGUACUCAUAAUCAUUUCUUGUGCCGUUUUUGUCUGUAGUCUUUUGUAAAUAAAGUGUAAUUUUUUGUAGA